UAAGAAAGAUAAGAUUAUAUCGUAGAAAAGUAGGGCUGCUGCUUUUGCAAACAAAUAAGGUUAAAAUUAAAGUCAACUCCAAAAAGACUGUUUUAUACCAACAAUAAUUUCUUCUCUUUUAAGUUCCUGAAAGAAAAAAUCAAGAGCUGGAAUUUGAUUCCUGAAUCAUGUUUUAUCUGGAGUAAGUGGUACCCUCUGAGUCUGAGUGAUGUCUACAGAAUCCACGGAAGUUGCAUUACUGAUCCCUAGACCUCCACAGGAACAAGAGAGACCUCUGAAAAUGGAGCUGGGGGAGAUUUGUGCCUGGGGAAAGGAACCAGACUUACAGUGGAACACACCCUUUGAUGGGGAGAUUUUUCGCAAACGUUUUAGGCAUUUCUGCUAUGAGGAAACUCCUGGACCACGUGAAGCUCUGAACCAACUCAGAGACCUUUGUCAGAAGUGGUUGAGACCGGAUAUUCAUACUAAAGUGCAGAUCUUAGAGCUACUGGUACUGGAACAGUUUCUGACUAUCCUGCCUAAAGAACUACAAGUCUGGUUGCAGGAGCACCAUCCAAAGAGUGGGGAACAGGCAGUGACUAUGUUGGAGGAUUUAGAGCAAGAGCUUGAUGAGCCAGAUCAGCAGGUUAGAGCCUCUGCUCACAGAAAAGAGGAAAUUUUGGAGGAGUCAACACUUCUAGGAACCUCACAGAAGUUGCCUUGUGUUCAGCUCCAGGCUUCACAGGCCUACCUCAAGUAUGAGUCUCCAGAAUCUCACUUCCAACCAGAAAAAGGUGUUCAUAAUCAGACUGAGGAACACUUAACUCCAAAGCAAGAAAUUUUUAUAGAAAAAGAACUGCAUGAAGAUAUCUCUGGAAAUUUUAAUGGGAAUAUUCCACAGGUUUCAGAGUAUGAAAAACACUUUAAGGGUAGAUUAAGAAAAAAGAAGGAAAAUCUGCUGGGUCAAAGACAACAUAAAGAUCAUGAAUGGGGAAAAAAUUUUACUUGGAACUCGGACUUCAUUAGGAAUCAAAGCUCUUAUUCUACAGAAAAACCCUGUGGAUAUGAUGGAUGUGAGAAAGCUUUUAGUCAGAGUUCACAUCUUCUUAAUCAUCAGAGAAUUCAUACUGGAGAGAAACCCUAUGAAUGUGAGGAGUGUGGAAAAGUCUUCAGUUAUAGCUCACACCUUAUUCUUCAUCGGAGAAUCCACACAGGGGAGAAGCCUUAUGAGUGUGUUGAGUGUGGGAAAUCAUUUAGUCAAAGUUCCAGUCUUAUCCAGCAUCAAAGAAUCCACACUGGGGAGAAACCCUAUCCAUGUAAUCAGUGUAGUAAAAGUUUCAGUCGAAGCUCAAACCGUAUUUUACAUCAGAGAAUCCAUACAGGAGAGAAACCUUAUGAAUGUGAUAAGUGUGGAAAAGCUUUCAGACAGAAAUCUGCCCUUGUUCUACAUCAGAGAAUCCAUACAGGAGAGAAACCUUAUGAAUGUGAAUUAUGUGGGAAAGCCUUCAGUCAAAGCACAAAUCUUAUUAAACAUCAGAGAAGCCACAAUGGAGAAAAAAAUCCUUUAAACAUCAUGAGUAUGGGAAAACUUUAAUUAGAACUCAGGUCUUUGUUAUGAAUACAAACAAAACAACAACAACAAAAAAAACACUGGAGAAAAUUCCUUCUUGUAAUCACCAAUCAUGUUGUUACUCAUAGAUUUCUUAUUUGUACAACAUAAAAGCCUCUCCAGACAGAAGCUUCAUUAAUAUAAGAAAUAAAGAAAAAAAAAAGUUAAAAAAAAAAAACAUCAAACCUUGUUUAGCAAUAUUAGUUACGGUUUGUGAGUCAGUCAACAAACAAUAAGCAUCCACUUUAUGGGGAUUUCAAUAUAAAUACAAAAGCAAGACUUCCUACUUUCAAAGUACUUAUAUUCUACUUAGAGGAUUUACAUGUUUUCAAUAAAUAUAAUCCUAGCCUUUUUCUUGAAAAAUUGUUUCAAAAUCCUUUACAUGGGAUCACAUUCUACUUCCACAUGUGCAUUCCUACUCUUACUGUAAAUGAUAAAAUUAUUAGGAUCCUCUGUUGUCAGUAAGUGUGUAAAUCUAUAGUAUUUACACCCUCUGUUUGAAAUCUCUUGAUUAUUAUUAAAUGUAUUUUAUAAAGACCAAAUAGCCUUCUCUUACAACUAUUCUAUUAUGUAUUAAUAUAGUAUUCUUAAUAAAGGAAUCAAAAGUUUUCAAAAGAAAGAAGUAUUCUGCAGAAUAGAGUGAAAAACUUUUCCAGUGUAGAAAUAUUUAAGGCAUUAUAGGGCAUGACUGAUAUGCUACAGAUCAAACACCAUUAACACUAAAUUAGUUCCUAAAUGUUUCAUAAUGGUGUUUAAAAUGAAUUUUAUAAUAUCACAAUUCACUUGUUUUCUUAUUUAAUGGAUACUUGCACAUUUCCAUAAGUUUAUGUAAUUACUGCCUUUAUUUCACCUUAGUAAUAUCUAGGUGUACAUUUUUAAAAUGGUUGGCCUUAAAAUUAGAAAGCUUUGGAUUUUCCUUUGACAUUCUGUCUGUCCUUGGACACGUUAUUUAACCCCUUAGUACACACCCCCACCACCAGGCAACUCCCUGAGACAAUAUAUUAUUUACAAAAAUGUUGAUCUGUUUUCACUGGAACUCUCUUAACUGAUGAAAUCACAGUUCUGGUCAAAUUAACAAAUAAAAUAGUAUUUCCUGGUUAUUGAUAAGGCACUGUAUUUAGGCAGUUUUUGUUUGUUGUAUUUGUGUGCAGAGCCUAUCACUAUCAUUCGGCAUUCUUUUACCAGUGGGAAAGAGUGAAUGUGUUCUGAGGAUUAUAUGAGAAAAGAAAUGACAGAUCAUUUGGGUAGGGAGAGUAUCAAAAACCAAGAGAGGGACAUUUUAAUCUGAAAGGAAAGAGAAGAUAAUUUCAAAUAGCAACUGAAUUUUUUAAGCAUUCCUGUUUUUAAAUGUCCCAUUAUAAGAAUACUACAACAUGUUAUGGAUCCAUGGCAAUAAUUCUCCUCAGAAAUGUCUUUUUAAUUUGUUCUUUCUCCUCCCACUGCUACCGCCCUCAUUUUUCUUUGCCAGGCUUUUGUAGCAUCCCUGUAUUCUCAUUGCCUGUCUCAUCCCAGCGGAUCUGCACAAGAUUAAUCUUUAUUAGAAGCUUUAUUCAUGAAAAUAAUCCAAAUUCCUUAGCUUGACAUUCAAGACCCUUAUCUCAACUUUCUAGCCUUUACUGUUGCUCUGUAGCCUUAAUUUUUUACUCCUUUUUAACAUUUAUUGUUGCUUUCUCCAAAUGUUAGGAUUCUUACAAGGUGCUAAGUAAGUGGA